AUGACUAAGAUCUUAAAUUCUUGUCUCAUCGUGUUUUCGAUUCUAUGCCUCGUCAUCGGUUCUCACGUUUAUGCAGUACCUUAUGAUUACUCAUACACAAAAGAGUGUUUAGCAAAACCGUUAAAGCCUCAAUACGAGGGAGGAGUGAUUGUGAAUCCCGAAUUAAACGAAGGAUUGAAAGGAUGGACAAAAUUCGAAGAUUCAACGGUGGAGCACAGAGAAUCCGAUGAUGGCAACAAGUACAUUGUUGCUUCCGCAAGAAAACAACCGUUUCAUAGUUUCUCGCAAAAGUUUAACUUAGAGAAAGAAAAACUCUACACUUUCUCCGCAUGGUUGCAAGUAAGCAAUGAAGAUGCAUACAUAGCAGCAAUUUUCAAGACAAAUACAAGCAAUGUAUAUGCUGGCUGGAUAACUGCCCAUAAGGGUUGUUGGUCAAUGGUCAAAGGUGGACUAGUGGUCAAUGUUUCUGGCCCUGCUGAACUCUAUUUUGAGAGCAACAAUACAAAUGUUGAUAUUUGGGCAGACAGCAUUUCGUUGCAGCCAUUUACUCAACAAGAGUGGAAAUCCCACCAAGAUCAAAGCAUUGAGAAGUUCCGCAAAUCAAAGGUGAAAUUCCAGGCGGUGGAUCAGCACGGCCAGCCCAUACCAAACGCCACCGUUUCAAUCAAACAGAACAACGCCAAUUUCCCCUUCGGCACCGCCAUCAACAAAAACAUCAUCGGAAACUCUGCAUACCAAAACUGGUUCUUCUCCAGAUUCAAAUACACCGUUUUCGAAAACGAACUCAAAUGGUAA